AUGGUUCUAAGGAUUGGAUAUGUCCGAGAACACUUCUGUUCUCCCCUUUUGCAGUUCGAAGCCGAAGACAAGGGCUCGACGUUUACGCUUGUCGAGUGCCCCAGUGGCACGGGUCAGCUGAUCUCCCGACUCACGAAGGAUGAAAUCGAUAUCGCAAUAGCUCUCACAGAUCCCUUGAUCGCAGGGAUCGCAAAGGGAUCGGAGGCGUAUAAGCUCGUAGGGAGUUACGUCACGUCGCCUCUCCGCUGGGCGGUCAUAACGGGGCACAAACCCUCAGCAUACAAUCAAAUCUCCGACCUCCAAGGUAGCACGAUCGGUAUUUCAAGAAAUGGCAGCGGGAGUCAGACAAUGGCGUACGUCAUGGCGUUACAGCAGCGCUGGCCCACGAGUGAGCUCAAGUUCCAAGUCAAUAACGACAUCCACGGCCUCAUUAAUUCCGUGAAUGACGGGACGACGAGCGCUUUCAUGUGGGAAUGGUUCACCACGAAACCGUUUUCCGACGCGGGGGAGUGCCGCUUCAUCGGUCAAGUCCCAACGCCAUGGCCCUCCUGGCUCAUUGCGGCGCACCCGACACGAGCAGAACCAGUUGCCGUACGCACGUUCCUCAAUAAUCUCUCGCGCCACGUCCGUGCAUUUGCGUCUGCAGAGGCCCGAGCAGGACCGAGCGUCAAGUUUGUGAUGGACACCUUUAGCUAUCCUGAAACAGACGUCAAGGAGUGGCUCGAUGCUGUGGAGUACCCUGAAGACUGCUCAACGAUACCGUGGAACGUCAUCACUGACACGUUGAGUGUCCUGCAACAAGCUGGCGUAGUGGCCCCGCCUGAAGGAGCUGUCAAGCGGGAUCAUUUCGUGAACCUGGACAUCGUGACACUCGUUUGACACGUGAAAAUUCAUUACUUCUAUUGUUAUUGAUCAUAGUAUGCAUCACCCCUUGUGAUACGUACUUAUCGUGUCUGUAGAGAAGAAAGCCGUAAUUACCUGAUGAAGUCCCAAUUCUAGACGGGCGGUAAUGAACGGACCGGGUCCUUGGUUGAAGAACGUUCCACCAUGCCAGCAUCGAAAAAUUGAGAGCGUGUAGAUAAGCAGCAGUGAAUUGUGACAGCUGAUCAUGACAGUUACAUAUACCCUACACAUAGUCGAUAAAUAUCCAACCGCCGUGAAAAAGUCAGUAUGUAGAAAUAGAGUCAAUCCUAAUGCAGCGUCCGACGUAGUAAUGGUGCAAAUGGCAAAUGCAGUAAAAGUAAAACUGUUCUCUACACAGCAAUAAAAGUCCUCAAGAUUGUAACAUACGAAUGUCCAUUGAUGAGCCCGGAGGUUGUAACGGUCGUACAAGUCUAAAAC